AUGCAGUCGCGCGACAAGUCCCAAAUAAUGGACGGUACGGUAACGAAGAAAGCGCGAGUCUGGAACCCAGCUGUUGACAACGAUAUGGUCAAGGACAAACUUCACUCCGAUCAAGAUCAGUCUUCAAAUGACAUUCCAAAUUACUUUCAUUUGGCACGCGUUCAACAACAGCGAGUUGUCGAGGAGGCAAUUCGACGAGGUUUCACUCAACCAUUCCCCAUGCAGCCAAUGCCGAUGAUGACUCGAGCUCCUCCUCUUCCUGCUGUUAUGUCAUCACAACAAACUAUC